UGGCAAUUGAAACGCUUGGACGAACGAAUGACCUAGCAAUAUGCCCCAUCAUCAGGGUCGCGAGAUUCCGCGCUCUAGGACAGACGACAUAUCGCCAAGUCGUCCCUCCCGACGUCGCUCUUGCUGUCCUUCAGGGCACAGGUGCUGACCUUCAUGUUCCUUCGAGUUAUUUACCCAGAUAGCCGAGAAGCCACACCUGUCUCGCGCACUUCUCCGCUUUUCAAAAUCCCACAAAUGGUAUCCGAGGCCGAGUGGGAUUUGCACGUCUGCCUCUGGCCUACCGUGUUCUGGACAGCAAGCAAUAUGGCUUGCUCAUCAGCGGCGGCGGGACACUCGUUCGUUCCACGUUGCUUGUUGCAAAAAAGUUAUGCAGGGCGAAGGUUUCGAUUAGGAGGAGGGAAAAGGAGAUUGCACUUACGGCGAUCGAACACCGAACACUAUCAAGGAAGAAGGGAAUGUGGACGCGGUUUGGUUUUGAGCUUCGAAACGCAUCAAACCCUCUUACCCCGCCUCCUCAAAUGUUCCCCACCCAGAUCCGGCUCAAUACAGUCUUUGAAACGUGAGGGGAGGAGAAAAUUUAUGAAAAGAAGCACACAAGUGUUUCAGAGCGCCGUAUCGCAUGCAUCAUGUCUAAGGCCCCGAGAAAGAGAAAGCUUGAAAACCAGUUUUGUAUGAAAACCGUCGCAAAGAAUAUGAAGAAAAGGUAGCCGAGAAAAGCAAAGGAUAGUCGACCUCCUCGAAGAGACCACGACAUUCUCUCCUCGAAGAGACGGCAAAACGCAUCAUCUUUUGACCACCUUUCUCUUGUGCAGACGCGGUUAACGUUAUUCUA